UCCUCGCAAAAUCAAAACAAAACGGCAGCUUAGCACAAGUUAUCGAUUUAUUUCCAGUUACGUUAUUGUGCUCAUCUGUCUUGCCUUUACUCUAUUACUUGAAGCCCAGCUAAAGAGGAACUGGCAGCCAUAUGUUAGCUCUGUUUAGGCGUGGAUGUGUGCUUCGGGGCAGUCAGUUUGCUGUAUCACGUCAUGUUGUGUCGUAUGUACAAGGUCAAUCUCCUUCACCAAAAGUGCGAGAGUACUUUUACUACAUUGACCAUCAAGGACAGUUGUUCCUUGAUGACACAAAAGUGAAGAAUUUUAUUACCUGUUUUAAAGACAAGCAGUUUCUCAAGUUUUUCUUCAAGAGACUGAAACAAAAUAAAACAUCAAGGUUUGAGGAGGACUUCCCUUUCAUUUCACCCUGUGGUCUUGAAAUGAACUACAUCCGUUGUGAUGAUGUGCCAGUUGUUUUUGCCACCAUUAUGGAAGAUAUAGAUGGUGGCAGUAAAUCACCUGGACUUUUGACCUACAGUGGAAUUGGAGAAACACUAACAUUCCCAUUUCAACCAGAAAAGGUCUGCAUGCUUCCCGAGAGUGGAAGAAUUUAUCAUCCAGGACCAGAUAAAGUUGGUGGUGUGGCACUGAUUAAGUCAAGUCUUGCUAUUGAACUGAGUCCUCACUUUGAAUACCGAAAAGGGAACCAGGAAAAUGACCCUCCAACACAUUUCAAUUGGAAAGGGACUUGCUAUGAAUUGGACAAUUCAGUAUGGAAGUAUCUAAGGUCAGCUGAGGUGGAGGAACUUAUGAAAAGAAAAUCUCAGUGACAACAUAAUUUAGUUAUGAACCACAGCAAGUCAUGUUGCAUGAUAUUACCAUACUUUCUAGAUAUACAAUAUUCUUCUUGUUGAAAAGGCUGGAAACUGCAGGAUCUUGCUCUUUUUUUUUUAUUAAUUUUUUUUUUACCAUGUUAUGGUACCAGCAACUUGUGGCCUUCUGGCUGUAACUUCAAAGUAUUAUUGCAAGGGAUUACAUCUUGCUCAGUUUGAAGCCAAAAAAUAGACGCUGUUUAUCUUCAAGUGGUAAACACUCGACAGUCAUGAAUUGUCAGAGUGCUGACACUCUCUCACUGAUUAAAAAUUAAUGAGACACUUGCAAAGUAAGACAUCUAAGGAAUCAAUUCCAUAAUUUGAGUAAGUGGAAUAAGUCUUUGCUUGUGGCUUAUUUUAUUCAUUAAUGUUUUCACUAGAUACUAAGAAAAUGCUAUUGAUGACAAAAACAUAACUGGAGAUAAUUGUAAUAAAUCUGGGUUAUUUAACUAUUCUUGUGAGAAGGGAAAUAAAAAAGAAAAGUUUUAUUAAUUAUCAGACUCGUAGUUGAAACCCUGCAAAAGCAAAGACCAUGUACAAAUUGAGUUAAUUUUAUUCAUAAUUUCAGUAUUUUACAGAAAUACAAAUUACAGUUUAUGUUAUUUUUAUUUAAGAUAAAUAACUUCUAGUGUAAAAAAAAUCAUAAGGUUGCUUGCUAGGCACUCUGAAUUUCCAACCCAACAAAAAUCUCAAAUAAAGACAUUUUAAAACUGAAUUA